GUCAUCGCUCGGUAGGCGAAGCCAGCACGCCGCGCGGAUGAGCUCGACGCCGUUGUCCUCGCGAGUCCUCGUCGGCCGGGAUCAACGAGAUCUCGCUAACCAGCCACGGAACUCGAUCGGGUUCAACAGUGUUCCUAACCUUGAUCAAAGGAGUCACUAUGACUCCUCGUUCUAUCAACGACGACGAGUACUCUAUAUGUUAAGAGGAAAGAGGUAAAGGAAUGUCGCCUCGCGGUAGCAAGUGCGCGCGUGUUAGCGGUAGCAAAGCUGCCGCCACAUUGGAGAAGGAUCGCCGAGGUUCGAGGGAGUCUAGAACCUUCGAGGGAAACGAUAAGGAACAUCUUGAGCAACGGGAGGAGGAGAAUUACCAACAACAGGAGAAUCACCAAAAGCAGCCAAUCGUUAAAAAAGAGUCAGCCGAGGGAAAGAAUAAUAAUAAUAAAAAGAAGAAGACAUCAACGAUGACGAUGAAAAGACGGAGGAAGAGGAAGAAGAGGAAGAGAAAACCAGGCCGAGCGAAGACGACGCCGGAGACAGACGCGGCGGCAACGGCGGCGGCGGCGACGACGACGGCGGCGGCGGCGGCGGCGGCGGCAGCGUCGGCGGUUGCGGUGUUGGCGGUGCGCGAGGGUCGAUCAUGGAUCGGAGCGCGCAUGCGUCAACCCCUGGAGAGUACCGAAGGUGGCCUCGAGCAGCCCCGUGAAAACGGCACCCUGCUAAAACGACGGUGCUCGCAAAGCCCGCAUCGCGACCUCCUAUCCGAAAGCAGAAACCUUUCUAGCUCGCCCUGUUCCUCGCGUUCCACCUCUACAUGUACCUCCAGUUCCACUUCCUCCUCCUCCUCCUCCUCUUCCUCCUCCUCUCGCCCUUCCUCGAGGUCAUCCUCGGUAUCCAGUAGCGAGGGAUCUUCUUUGAUCGGUAGUCAACUGAAAACGUCGGAGAGCACACGGCUAUUUUGCAGAGACCGGAAACGGAAAGAAAAGAGACGCCGCGGUAGCCGCGAGUGUGCACGAGAAGAGACUAAGAAGGAAGAAGGGAAGGAGGAUAUUGUAACAGGGAAGGUGGAGGUAGAGGAGGAGGAGGAGGAGGAGGAGGAAGAGGAGGAGGAGGAGGAGGAGGAGGAGGAGGACGGCGACGACGACGACGACGACGACGAGGAGGAAGAGGAGGAGGGACCACCAGUGGGGGAACUCCAGACUCGAUCCGCGCCGCCGAUAACGUCGACUCCGAUUCCACCUCCCACACCCUCUACCUCUUCCAAUACAACCCCAGCAGCUGCUCCAUUACCCCCUCUCUCACGAUCCUCCUCGCCUUCAGCUUCAUCCGAACCUCUCGUUGCCUCUUCUCCUUCCUCCUCGUCUUAUCGUGCCGAUUCUAGAAAUGAAAUCUCUGGUGCACGUCCGACCACUACCUCCUCCUCCACCACCUCCUCGUCACCUUUAGAAAAUAUCAGAAGCGCCUUGGAGUGCUACGAUCGCAGUAGAAUCUAUCUGGCGCACGUAUCAUUCUUGGACUGGCGUGAUGUACCUGGAAGACGACGUGGACACCUGGAGGAACACCGAAAACUUCAUGGUGCAACCUCGAGGAGUUCAGAAAGGUCUUCCGGGGAAAGAGUCUGGGUUGUUGGGGCUGCCGACCAUGAUGGACAUCAUAGGACUAGGUUGUUAGUGGCUGGUCGUCACUGGAGACCACGUUGUCUCAGUCGUGUGAAUAUGCUCAGCCAACCGGUGGUAUACGCCGGCGGUGGGAGAGGUUCCCUCACGGCUGAUCUCUUUCUAUGGUGGUUUCACCGUGAGUUCGCCGUAACUGCGAUGGCCAUGCACCCAGACGGUGCUGUCCUCGUGGCUGAGAGCGCCGAUUAUCUACCUCCCGAAGGGGACUGCGUUGCGGCCGAUGGUCUUGUUAGACUCUUCGUCGUACCGAAGGAUUGUCUCGAAACAAGGAUCGUUGUAAGAGAAUUAAGAGUGAGGUUAGCAAUUGGAGCACUUACCAGAGUAUACCAUGGUGUAUAUCGAAGUAAAUUCUCAACGAUCGAACGAGAUGAUGAUAGAUUGGAGACUUAUCUUCGAAGAUUUACUCUCAAGGAAGCAUUCGCGGAUCUACAUCGAGCCUGGCUAAGCGUACGAUCGGAAACAUUUGCCAGAAGUUGGGCCUUACCGAGGGAACGAGAGGAUGUAGAAUCACGUAUAGGUCGAUCUAACGUUACGGGAAACAACAACUCUAUCCUUCGUACUAUCGUUGCAUCUGCGGAAAGGGAAGAGGACAGGAUGCUGUUGGACGAACUCCGUGGACUGGCUGGUGAAUUAGGUCUCAAAGUUAGUGACGAGGAACUUGCAAGAUGGAUCAUCGAUGGGGAAGAACGAACAUCACGACGUUACGAUACCACCACCACCACCACCACCACCACCACCACCACCACCAUCGAUCUCGACGUCGAUCAAUCGCGCCUCGUCAAAAUCGAAUCCGAACGCAAGUCGAUCGAUCAGGAAUGCGAAUUCGAACAUGAGGACGAUGACGACGACGAGGAAGAUGAACCGACGGCCGAAGAGACCGUCGGACUUCUCACCAGAGUUCUCACGUGGAUGGAAAGAGAACCAUUGGAUCCUGGACUCCUUCUCGCUGUUAGAUCAAUGCGCGAUAUAGCCGCUAUUAUGGCAAGCAAGAUGGGCCUAGCAGGGACGCAUCCAAGCGGGCUGCCCUUCUUCUGUCCGAACGGUGAUCACCUGACGCAACCACCGCCCGCCCACAUGGGUAUACCUCCGUAUGGGGCUUUGGAUGCUGGCAAAGCUGCCGCAGCGGCCGGUCUGACUAGGGCGCCGAUGUAUCCCUUUUCGACAGGCCAAUAUCCAUAUCCCAUGCUUAGCCCGGAAAUGACGCAAGUCGCCGCUUCUUGGCAUACCCCAAGCAUGUACCCUAUUUCACCAGCGAGUGCUGGCUUUCGAAGUCCUUAUCCAACGAGUUUACCGAUAACGAGUUCGAGUUUACCAAGUGAUCUCUACCGAUUUUCGCCGACGGGUCUGAUGCCACCGCAUCAUGGAUUGGGUCCUCACGCACAUGCGUUAGCGUCGCACGCAUUGGUGUCGUCAGCGCCGAAAACGGAUCAUUCUACCUUGGAUCACAAUCACAGGUCUACGAUAGAACAGAAAAAUUCUACGUCGUUACCCGCGGACAAUGCGAAAAACCAAGAUACAGGACAACAAAACAAUCAAGAUAAAAAGAAACCCCAUAUAAAAAAGCCUCUGAACGCAUUUAUGCUCUACAUGAAGGAGAUGAGGGCAAAGGUAGUAGCCGAGUGUACCUUAAAAGAAAGCGCUGCCAUCAACCAAAUAUUGGGAAGACGAUGGCACUCGCUAAGCCGGGAGGAGCAGGCGCGGUAUUAUGAGGCGGCCAGGCAGGAGCGCCAUCUGCACCAGCAACGAUACCCCGGCUGGAGUGCCAGGGAUAACUACGGAUAUGGCAGCAAGAAGAAGAAGAGGAAGAAAGAGCGCUCCGCAGAUCCCACCGGAGGUAACAAUAUGAAAAAAUGCCGUGCAAGGUACGGAUUAGACCAACAGAGCCAAUGGUGCAAACCAUGCAGACGUAAGAAGAAAUGUAUCAGGUACAUGGGGGAGGGAGGAGAAGGCGACGGUGAAGCCGAUGGCGAAGGUGAGGACGAUCAUUCGGAGGAUAAUUUAGGCAGCGUGGGGGAGGCAGGUACUCCCGAGGAAGACGAAUCCUUGAGCAGUCCUGGGGGUUUGUCCGCAUUGUCGAGUCUGGCCAGUCCAUCGUUGGUGUUGCCAUCACCUUCGAGCCUAGCCAGCCCGUGUCCAUGCCCUUUGACACCUCCGGUACCUCCUCCGCCCCUGCCGAACCCGAGUAAUCAACAACAACAGCAGCAGCAGCAACAGCAGCAACAGCAGCAACAGCAGCAGCAGCAACAGCAGCAUCAGCAGGCUCAACAACAGGGCCAGCAACAGCCGCAUCGUAAUCCAGUUGGUACGAAUCCUCACGACAUCAACAAUCCGUUGAGUGUUAAUCAACUCACCGGGCAGUGUAUAAAAAGUGAAGUCGUACCAGCACCACCCUCGGGUCCCUCCAAUCCAGCGAUCAGCGUUACGUAGCCCCGGGUGGACCCACGUGACAAGACUGUUGCAACACACGGUGUCAUCCAAGGGGUCCAUCUAUGUAUCUACUGUGCGCGACAGAGAGGCUGGACGAUGACGGUAACGAUGACGAUGACGAUGACGAUUAAUUCGAAGAGACAGCAGGGUCGUUCGAUCAAUGAUAGAACGUCAUUGUUGAACGAAGUUAAAUCUUCGUUCGCCGAUCCUAUUACUCUUCCUCCUCGUCUAUCGGCGUUAAUCGUAAUCGAGCAUGGACUAUUCGAGAAACGAUUGGAAAAAAAAAGAAAAAGAAGAAGAAAAAGAAGAAGACGAAGAAGAAGAAGAAAAAGACGAGGAAUGAGAAGGUUUUCUCAAUCGUCGUCAUUCUCGUCAUCGUCGAUGCCGCAGCGAAGUACUCCUUCGACUUCGGUUCUUCGCCCUUUUUCAAUUGUCGUCGUCUCUUGUGUUGUUUCUAGCGAAAUAUACAAAGGAAAUGAAAAAAAAAUGAAAAAAGAAAUUAAUAAAAGGACGGACGAUCGAGCUUUU